GAAGUUCACAUCAGUUUUCGUAUGAUCUUUUCGCUCAACCACAAGUCAAACACCGCAUUGACCAAAUGUCCGGCCACGUCAACCCUCUGUUCAGCUCCGGCACAGGCUCCGGCCUCCUCUUCUUCUUGCUUCUCCAUAAUCCCUACUUAUUAAGCUCUACUCCCUUCUCAUCACCAUUCACCAUCUUCGUCUUCUCGAUACUGGAAUCAGAACCAGAACCAGAACCAGUGUGCAGGUUAAUCUUGGUAGAGGCAUUGCUGGCCUUGAUUUCAGUAACUAGGGGCAGGGAAACAUGGAGAUCGAGCUAGAACAAGGAUGGGAGAUUAUUGAAAGGGGGAUUACUAGGCUGAAGAACAUCCUGGAAGGACUACCGGAGCCAAAGUUCAGCUCUGCCAACUACAUGGAGCUAUACACUACCGUCUAUAACAUGUGCACUCAGAAGCCUCCUCAUGAUUACUCUCAGCAGUUGUAUGACAGGUACAGGGAGUCCAUUGAAGAUUACAUUAAUUCAAUGGUAUUGCCAUCCUUGAGGGAGAAGCAUGAUGAAUUCGUGCCGAGGGAGCUUGUGAAGAGAUGGGCAAACCAUAAAGUUCUGGUUAGAUGGCUAUCUCACAUCUUUCAUUACCUCAAUCGGGAAUUUAUUCCCCGGAGGUCACUUCUGCCGCUUCGUGAAGUUGGGUUCAUUUGCUUCCGCACCCUGGUAUUCUAUGACUUCUAUCGGAAUCUUAGGGUUUCGGUACUUUCCUUGAUUGAUCAAGAGCGUGAGGGGGAGGAAAUUGACCGAGCUUUGUUGAAAAAUGCUGUGGAUAUUUUUGUUGAAAUUGGUAUGGGACGAAUGGAUUACUAUGUCCAUGAUCUCGAAGCCUAUAUGCUCAGAGCUACGGUUGCUUAUUAUUCUGACAAGGCUUCACACUGGAUCCAAGAAGAUUCCUGUCCAGAUUACAUGUUGAAAGUUGAGCAGCGUUUGACAAGUGAGAAGGACAGGGUUUCUCAUUACCUGCAUCCCAGCAGUGAGCCCAAGUUGUUGGAGUGUGUGAAGUGCUAGGUUAAGGACGCCCUUUCAAGUGUCUGUAUCAGCUGUUGAUGUUGUUUACGAUGUGUUGCUUUUCUACAUGGUAGAAAGUCCAAAACGAGCUGCUUUCUGUUCAUGGUAUCCAACUUCUCACGAAAGAGCACUCAGGAUUUCAUGUGUUGCUCAGAGAUGACCAGGUCGAAGAUUUAUCAAGAAUGUUCAGACUCUUCUCGAGAUUACAACAUCGCUUACAACUUGUUUCUGAUAUGUUGUGGGAGGUUGGUAUCAAGUAUCAACUGAGCAUAUUCCGUUCAAAUUGCCUUGCCCUUCCAUUGUUUUUCACUUUGAUUGCUUAUCCCUAACACAGUUUUGGGUUCCAUGGUGCAGCAUGUUACUGAUGAAUUUCCAGGUUUGGUACAACGGGCUGAAGAUGCUGCAAGCAACAACACGGUUUUUGACAUGGAGAAUGAGAUUGGGUUGCUGGAGGUGAAGUAUCAGGCUUACGUUAAUGAUUGUUUCCAAAACCAUCCUCUUUUCCAGGAGGCACUGGGAGCCGCUAUUCGGUACGUUCGCCAUCUAAAUACCCAACGACUACAGGGUUAACAUGGUGAUUACAACAACGGAUGUUAAAUCGUCUGCAGGGAUGUAAUUGUGUCUUUUCCCCUUUGUUGUAAUUACUUUGAUCCGUUGUUAAUCGUUGUUUACGGGUAUAAGUGGAUGUGUAAAUGGGUGCGGCAGACCUUAUGAAAAACUGUGAAAAACCGAGUAAAACAUCAACUGAUAUGGAAAUGAG